CGGGCACCGAGUCGUCUGGCAAGACUGCGGGCACCGAGUCAACUGGCGGAACAGCGGGCAUCGAGUCAACUGUCGGAACAGCGGGCACCGAGUAGUCUGGCAAGACUGCGGGCACCGAGUCAACUGGCGGAACAGCGGGCAUCGAGUCAACUGUCGGAACAGCGGGCAUCGAGUCAACUGUCGGAACAGCGGGCACCGAGUAGUCUGGCAAGACUGCGGGCACCGAGUCGUCUGGCAAGACUGCGGGCACCGAGUCGUCUGGCAUUGGAUCGUCUGGCUCGACAGCGGGCAUCGGGUCACCAGACAUCAGGUCAUUUGGCUCGCCAGCGGGCACCGCGUCAUCUGGCAAGGCAGUGGGCACCGAGUCACCAGGUACGACAGCGGGCUCUGAAUCAAUUGGCACGACAGCGGGCACCGGAUCAGGUACCGGAUUAUCUGGAUCAACAGCGGGCAUCGAGUCAACUG